AGUCGGGGAAGGAGGGAGACGAGUCGGCUGGACAUGGGGCUCUGUGCUGUUCUCCUCAUCUGUCUCUCCCAGGCGGAGCUGGGGCGAGCGUGGGCUCCAGAGCACGAAGAUGCAGCGACUUCUCUGCAGACAGAUGGGGGUCCGUCCGGGUUCCACUCAGCCAGGGGGGGGCAGGCGACCUCCCACAGACACAGAGAGGCCCGCAGCUCGCCGGAUGGAGGCGGGGGGGAAGGAGUCGAUAUCAGCCCCCUGCCCAUCAACAUGACACGUAUCUUGGACUCCCACAGGUACUACAGAUGGCAGAGCUUCGGUCCGACAGACACACGCACCGAGGAGCUGUGGGUGGACAUGAAUGCCUUCCACACCAGCCAAGUCCGAAUCCACGGCAUUCUGUCCAACGCUCAUCGCCAGGCAGCGAGGGUGGCGCUGUCUUUCGAUUUCCCCUUUUACGGACACAGCUUGAGACAAAUUAUCGUAGCGACCGGGGGGUUCAUCUUCAUGGGGGAGGUCACUCACCGGAUGCUCACCGCCACGCAGUACGUCGCCCCCCUCAUGGCCAACUUUGACCCCAGCUUCUCCAAAAACUCCACCGUGAGAUACUUGGACAACGGGAAUCUGUUCGUGGUGCAGUGGGACAAGGUGCGGCUAAAAGACCGAGAGGCUGAAGGAGCGUUCACCUUCCAGGCCGCCCUCCACCGGAACGGCACCAUCGCUUUCAACUACAGGGAUAUCCCCUUACCAGUCGAGCAAAUCAACUCCACCGAGCAUCCGGUGAAGGUGGGACUGUCUGAUGCUUUCAUGGCAUCGCUCCCCUCCGGUCAGGCCUCAGGACCGAAGCAGUAUUCCAUCUACGAGUACAAUCGUGUGGAGAUCAACACGACGAGCCUCGGGAACGGAUCUGCCUUCGAGUUCACUCCUCUACCCACUUGUCUCCAGCACACGUCCUGCGACAUCUGCCUAACAUCCAACCUGACAAGCGGCUGCGGCUGGUGCAACACACUCCAACGAUGUUCCGACAGUAUCGACCGACACAGACAAGAGUGGUUUGACUAUAACUGCCCCGAGCAGGCUAAAGGCUCAUGUGAGGACUACAACCCGAUUCUACCCGAGGGAUCGAUGAGCUCCUUCAACCUCACCUCCCCUGGUCCGACACCUUCUUCAGCACCGCUCGAGGUUCAGCCGACCACUAGUGAUCUACAGACGAGUCCUCCAAAGCACAAUGGGAUAACAGAGAACACAGCCAUCAUAGCAGGCGUGGUGGCUGCCCUGGUUCUGCUGGUAGCGUUGACCUUACUGGCCGUCUACUACAUCAACACGCACCCCACAGUUGCUCCACCCUUCUACCUCAUGCAGCGACGCACCAACAACUACUGGCCCUCCAUGAAGUUCCACAACCAGGGCUGCGACUCCAGCUACGCUGAGGUCGAGCUCGGGGGUCACGAAAAGGACGGUUUCAUCGAAGCGGAGCAGUGCAUCUAA